CAUUUGAAGAUUAGACGGACCGGUCGCGAUGUGCAGGGAACGAUUCAACGCCAUCUCAUCGCGGGACCAGUGAGAUUAGGAACACAUCUUGUCAACAUGGCGCCCGCGCGCAUCGAACCGCAGACGGACUGGUCCACCGACUACGAGACUCAAAAGCGACAUCAACUCUUCCGCAACCCCCCUUCCGACAAGACUGCAUACCCGGCUCUGGCUGAGGCAAUCCGGCCGCAUGUUGAGUCCUUUGACGCUGUAUUCGCUCCGCAUGGCCAAUUACAUCAUGCGCUCAAAGAUAUCGGCACCAAAACCUUUCUCGAACCCGACUCUGGGACUGGACUACGCAACCGAGUGCAGGUGCGAGUACGCGAACUCUUCCUCGACCGUAGUGUUUUGCCUCCCUCCAACAAACUCGAAGGCCGGAAGCGAGAGAUCUUACCCGUGGAAUGCCGAGAGAGACAUGUCACGUACCGCGGGAGAUUCCGAGGCCGGCUGGAGUGGCGCGUCAACGAUGGCGAGUGGAAGGAGUCGCUCCGCGAGUUUGGCCAUCUUCCCAUCAUGCUGCGAUCAAAUCGAUGUCAUCUGCAAGGCUUGUCACCUCGCGAGCUCGUCAACCGGAGGGAAGAAACAGAGGAACUUGGCGGCUACUUCAUUGUCAACGGCAUCGAAAAGUUGAUUCGCAUGCUCAUUGUCAAUCGGCGAAACUUUCCCGCCGCCAUCAUUCGGCCUUCUUUCAAGGGCAGAGGCUCGACUUACACCGAGUUUGGCGUCCAGAUUCGCUCUGUCCGACGCGAUCAAACAUCCCAGACCAAUGUGCUUCACUAUCUCAAUGACGGCAACAUUGUUUUCCGGUUCUCGUGGAGGAAGAAUGAGUACUUGGUGCCGGUGAUGAUGAUCCUGAAAGCCCUCGUCGAGACGAACGACCGGGAGAUCUACGAAGGCAUCCUCGGCCAGGCGACGAAGAAGGGCGAGGAGACCAAGCAGUUCGUUGCGGAGCGAGUCGAGCUGCUCUUACGGAAUUACAAGAGCUCCAACCUGCACAACCGAACGGCCUCGCUGGACUGGCUGGGAUCCAAAUUCCGAGUAGUGCUUGGAGUUCACGAAGACAUGAGCGAUGAGGAAGCUGGCAUGCAAUUCCUCAGCAAGAUCGUCCUGCCUCAUCUUGAGUCCGGCGAUGUGGCUCACCGCGAUGCCGACAAAUUCAGAAUGCUGCUCUUCAUGAUCCAAAAGCUGUAUGCUCUGGUUGCCGGCGACUGCGCAGUCGACAAUCCCGAUGCUGUGCAAAAUCAGGAGAUUCUACUGCCCGGAGCGUUGUACGGCAUGAUCAUAAAAGAGCGCGUCGACGAGUGGCUUGCGUCCAUUGGCAUGCGGCUUCGAGAGUGGUCACAGGGUACCCAGCGGCCCAGCUUCACCAGCAGCGAGUUCGAGAAGGAAUUCUUGUCCAAAGUGCUUCGCAAGACCAACGAAAACAUUGGACAAUCCCUCGACUACUUUCUCUCCACCGGCAACCUCGUCAGCCCCAGCGGUCUCGACCUUCAGCAGGUCUCGGGCUUCACCGUUGUGGCCGAGAAGAUCAACUUCUAUCGAUUCAUCAGUCAUUUCCGCAUGGUACAUCGCGGCAGCUUCUUUGCCCAACUCAAAACCACCACCGUUAGGAAGCUGCUCCCGGAGAGCUGGGGCUUCCUCUGCCCCGUCCAUACCCCCGAUGGAGCUCCGUGUGGACUACUGAACCAUCUCGCCCAUCGGUGCAAAGUCACUACCGCUCCCUCAGAGGCCUCGGCUCUUCCCCAACUCCUUUCCCAGCUCGGAGUAGAGGGCACAUCACGGAUAGCAACGUCAGACGACAAUCUCACCGUACAACUUGACGGCCGCAUCCUGGGCGUAUGCAGCCGCAAACAGGCCAAAAUCAUCAGCGACACCCUGCGCUACUGGAAAGUCGAGGGCUCGCACGGCGUGCCACUGGAACUCGAGAUCGGCUUAGUUAUGCCGUCCAACGCUGGCCAGUAUCCCGGCUUAUACCUCUUCACAUCUUCUGCACGCAUGCUGCGGCCGGUCAAAUACCUUCCGCUCGACAAGGUGGACUAUGUGGGCUCCUUUGAGCAGCCCUUCAUGUCGGUGGCGUGUACUGGGCCGGAAAUUCAGUCCGGCGAUUCGACCCACGCUGAGUACACGCCUACCAACAUGCUGUCGAUCGUUGCCAAUCAGACACCUUUCUCUGAUUUCAAUCAAUCGCCGCGCAACAUGUAUCAAUGUCAGAUGGGCAAGCAAUCCAUGGGCACGCCCGGGACAGCCCUGAAGUACCGAACCGACAACAAACUCUACCGAUUACAGUCCGGGCAGACACCCGUUGUCAGGCCGCCGCUUCACAAUCAGUACGGGCUCGACAAUUUCCCCAAUGGCACCAAUGCCGUUGUUGCCGUGAUUUCAUACACCGGCUACGACAUGGACGACGCUAUGAUUCUCAACAAGUCCGCGCACGAGAGAGGUUUUGGGCAUGGAACUAUCUACAAGACCAAGAAGAUUGACCUGAGCGAGGACAACAAGCAGAGUCGCGGCCGCAGUGCCGGUGUGACGAGUAUGUUUGGUUUCGCACCUAACAGCCUUGUCAAAGCCCAGUGGCGAAGUACCCUCGACGAUGACGGGUUUGCAGCGAUUGGACUGAAGGUCAAGGAAGGAGACAUCAUUGCCGCCUCGCAUAGUGUGUCCUGGGAUCCGUUGGCGGGGGAUAAUGGCGAGUACGUCAACAGGGAUAACAUCACCCAUCUACACCGCUACAAGGAGCCCGAAGAAGGCUUUAUCGAGGAGAUCAAGUUGAUUGGGAAUGAAAAUGGCAACGACGAACCCUGCCAAGCCAUCAGCAUCCGCAUUCGAAUCCCUCGAUCACCGGUCAUUGGAGACAAGUUCUCUUCUCGCCACGGCCAGAAGGGAGUGUGUUCUCAAAAGUGGCCUGCAAUCGACAUGCCCUUUACAGAAUCGGGCAUGCAGCCAGAUGUCAUCAUCAAUCCGCACGCCUUUCCGUCACGAAUGACAAUCGGCAUGUUUGUGGAGUCUCUCGCGGGCAAGAGCGGAGCAUUACACGGCCUGGCGCAGGACAGCACGCCGUUCCGGUUCAAAGACAAGGCGGGAGAAACGGCAGUCGAGCACUUCGGGCAUCAGCUGAAGCGAGCGGGCUACAACUACUACGGCAACGAGCCUAUGUACUCCGGGAUUACAGGUGAAGAAUUGGCGGCAGACAUCUACGUUGGAGUGGUGUACUACCAAAGACUACGACACAUGGUCAACGACAAGUUCCAAGUGCGCACAACCGGGCCGGUGACGCCAUUGACGGGCCAGCCGAUCAAGGGCAGAGCGAAGGGAGGCGGUAUCCGAGUGGGAGAGAUGGAGAGAGAUUCGCUCAUUGCGCACGGCACAGCUUUCCUGUUGCAGGACCGUCUACUCAAUUGCAGCGACUACACCAAGGCGUGGAUCUGUCGCUCCUGCGGCUCCUUCUUGUCCGUGCAGCCGAGCGUGUCGCAGUUCAAUCGGAAGCGUCUGGCGGAAGGCGGACAGAUGAGGUGUAAGCGGUGCAGUAGGAAGGUCCAGCCGGCGGAUUCUAAAGUGGAGUGUUGGGAGGACGCGAAGGGGGAGAAGUGGUAUGGAGGCGAGGAUGUCACUUUGACUGCCGUGCCGGGCGUGUUGCGGUAUUUGGAUGUCGAGCUGGCGGCUAUGGGGAUUCGGAUGAAGUUUGAUGUGGGGCCGUGAGGGCUGGGUUAGGUAGAUGUGAAAAACCUGUUCAAAUGCCC